AUCGAAUCUCCGAUAAGAAGUCGUCUUCAAUACGAGAAGAAUUAUCAUUCUCUCGAUAAUAACUAAAAUUUGCUCAGAUUCUCCAAUUGAUCGCGAGAUCAAAAAUAUAAUGUUUACGCAGAAGCUUCAUGAAGCAUACAAAGGGACGGUGGAGAGAUUCACAGGUCCUCGUACGACCUCGGCGUUCAAGGAGAAGGGAGUCCUCAGCGUCAGCGAGUUCGUGCUCGCCGGCGAUAAUCUCGUCUCCAAGUGCCCUACCUGGUCAUGGGAAUCUGGUGACCCUGGCAAGAGGAAGUCAUACUUACCCUUGGAGAAACAGUUUUUGAUUACUAGAAACGUACCUUGUCUACGGAGAGCUGCAUCUGUGGCAGAGGAAUACGAAGCUGCUGGAGGUGAAGUGUUGGUUGAUGAUGAAGAUGAUGAUGGUUGGCUGGCAACUUAUGGGAAACCCAAAGAUAAAGGCAAUGAAGAUGAGAACUUGCCGUCCAUGGAUGCCUUGGAUAUUAACGAGAAAAGAGGUAUACGAUCUAUACCUACGUAUUUUGGAGCUGAGGAGGAGGAGGAGGAUGAUAUUCCAGAUAUGGAAGAGUUUGAUGAGGCUGACAAUGUGGUGGAAAAUGAUCCGGCAACUUAUCUUGUGGCUCACGAACCUGAUGACGACAACAUUCUCCGAACUCGGACAUAUGAUAUCAGCAUCACGUAUGAUAAGUAUUUCCAAACUCCUCGUGUUUGGCUGACCGGUUAUGAUGAGUCAAGGAUGCUGCUGCAACCUGAACUUGUAAUGGAGGAUGUAAGCCAAGACCAUGCUCGUAAGACGGUCACAAUUGAAGAUCAUCCACACUUGCCUGGGAAACAUGCUUCAGUCCAUCCAUGUCGACAUGGAGCUGUUAUGAAGAAGAUCAUUGAUGUAUUAAUGUCGCGUGGAGUAGAGCCUGAAGUUGACAAGUACCUUUUCCUGUUCUUGAAGUUCAUGGCAUCAGUUAUUCCAACGAUCGAGUAUGAUUACACAAUGGACUUUGAUCUCGGUAGCUCAAGCACCUAAUCACUGGUGUCGUCAUGGAUGGCUCGGUGGCUCUGCACUGUACAUAAAAACUAUCAUCAUUUCCUUUUCUCUUUAAAAGAAACUGUAAGGUGUUUGUGUUGUGUUUUGAUCACGCUUUCAUCUGAAGUUUAUGGAGAUCCUUUGUAAUUUGCUAUUGAUAAGAACUGAUUUCAAAGUCGUUUAGAAAAACAAAAUGUGAAUGUAACUUUAUUCUUACAU